AUUAAGAAUAAUACUGUUUAGGUCAGGUAACAUUCGAUUAGCCCUCCCAUCCCUUCCCAACUCCCCACCCAUUUUUGUGUUGACUUGACAAUGAUGUCGGGGAGCGGCCGGAGCGAGCAACCACACUGCCUCUUCCCCCCUUGUCGAGUGGGAUGAGCAUCGGAUCCACCUUUUGCCGCUACAUGAGCUAGCAAGAAAACGCAGCGAUAUUUAGCCUAGUGUGCAAUUAGAAGAUAUUGACUAAACCAACGCUUUAAGAAAAGGUUAAGGAAACAGAGAGCUGUGCUGUUUGCCUUCCGGCAGAUAUGGGAUAUAUAGGGAUCGGAGAUUCGUUGCUGAGUUAACAUCUACCCUAUAUGACACUAUGGCCAAGCAGUAUGAUGUGCUGUUCAGACUGCUUCUUCUGGGAGAUUCCGGGGUUGGGAAAACCUGUUUGUUGUGCAGGUUCACGGACAAUGAAUAUCACCCGUCUCAUAUUUCCACAAUAGGGGUUGAUUUCAAAAUGAAGACGUUAGAAAUGGAUGGAAUCAAAGUAAGGAUACAGAUAUGGGACACAGCAGGACAGGAGCGGUACCAGACUAUCACUAAACAGUACUACAGACGAGCACAGGGGAUCUUCCUGGUGUAUGAUAUCACCAGUGAGCUUUCCUUUCAGCAUAUCAUGAAGUGGGUCACUGAUGUUGAUGAGUACGCUCCAGACAAGGUGCAGAAGAUCCUUAUUGGGAACAAGUGUGACGAGGACCAGAAGAGACAGGUAGCGCUGGAGCAGGGAGACAAGCUCGCCAAGGCAUACGGAAUGGACUUCUUUGAGACUAGUGCCUUUACCAACCACAACAUCAGGGAGUCCUUCUUUCGCCUGACGGAGCUGGUACUGCAGGCCAAUCGCAAAGAGCUGGACAUCCUGCGCGUGUCGCUCAACAACGAGCUCAAUAUCGCCGCCCUGGAGGAAGAGGAAAGCGGUGAAUGCGAUGCCAAUGGAACCUCCCAGAAAGCCUGCUGGUGUUAGGGUGGGAGAGAUGGCCACUUCCCCGGUGACUGCCGGCAGAGUAAAAUCCUCAGUGUUAAUUCAGCUCUGAUAGAGUUUACAUGAGGCCAAAAGGGAUUAGAUGUACUCUAUUGCAGUAAAAUGUACUCCUGAAAGAGUAAAAUGUACUCUUUCAGAGUUGAUUUAAUGCUGAACAUUUUACUGUCAAAAUGACUCUUGAAUCAUUUUCCUCAUGGACAAACUUUCCUCAUGGGUUAUGUUUUCAGUCUGCGCAAAAGCAUCAGGUUUUUAAAAAAAAAUUCAAAAAUUUAUUUUGUGUCGUAUUUUUGUCAUCGAUUCUUGGCAACCAAACGUUUUUAUCAUUAGACGAUAUAGUGUUUCUUUGACAGUGUGGCUUAGCCAGUAGAGGGCACUGUUCCAUUCUUCAUUCUCUGUAUCCCAUUUUCCUGAAUAAAGGAGUGUGGUUGUGAGCUA